CUGAAACGGGGACGACAGAGGAAGGUCACAUUUGGGGAACAGGAUAGUGUAGUCCCAAUGACUCUCUCCCCAGCAUCUGAUGGCUGUUCCUCCCCUCUUCCCAGCCACCUCCGGUGUCCCUCCUGGUAUUUUUGCCUUCCUGCAGCCCCUCCCACCUCCUUGUCACCCCUUCCUCCUGUGCUUGUCCAGGCCUCCUCUAGCCCGUGGAACCCAACCCCGGCUCCCGUCAGCAGUCCCUCCCUGCUGCUCCCCAUCCCCGCCAUCGUCUUCAUCGCUGUGGGCAUCUAUUUGUUGCUGCUCGGUGUAGUGCUGCUGACGAGACACUGCCUGCUGGCCCAGGGCUGCUGCACGGACUGCAGCUCCCCCUGCAGGAAGCAAGGCGCUUCCCGGCCCCAGGACUGUUGCUGGACCUGUGCGGAAGCCUGCGACUUCCCUCUGCCCAGCCCUGCCCGCUGCCUGGAUGCCUGCUGCCCCCAGCCCACCGAAGCUGGUUGGGCCUCUCGCUGCCCUCGCUGCUGCCCACUCUGCGACUGUGCCUGUGCGUGCCAACUUCCUGACUGCCAGAGCCUCAACUGUCUCUGCUUUGAGAUCAAGCUCCGAUGA